AUGUCCACUGAGCACCAAGGAAUGCACCAUGUCAGCGCUUCGGAUGCACGAGACGCCGUGGAGCACAUCCUUAUCGGAAAUGGCGUUCCAAGAGAUAACGCUGUUAUUGUUGCCAAAUGUCUCGUCGAAGCUGAUCUCCGGGGCGUGGACACGCACGGUAUGAACAGGAUACCUUCAUAUAUGGCACGUAUUAGAGAAGGUGUUCUUGAUGCUGGCGUGUCUCCGACCCUGCGCCAGAUUACUCCAGCGGUGGCUCAAGUUGAUGGUCACAACGGCUUCGGGUUCCUUGCAGCAAGCAAGGGCAUGGCUGCAGCUAUCGACAUGGCCCAGACCAUUGGCAUUGGCAUGGUCUCUGUCAAGCACUCGAACCACUUCGGCAUGUCGGCUUGGGUUGUCCAACAAGCACUUGAUGCAAACAUGAUGAGCUUGGUAUUUACCAAUUCAUCUCCUGCGCUGCCAGCUUGGGGAGGGAAGUCAAAGCUAAUGGGCGUGUCUCCAAUUGCUUGUGGGGCCCCGGCUGGGAAGAAAGGCCGACCGUUCAUCAUGGACAUGGCACCGUCGGUCGCUGCACGUGGCAAGAUAUACAAAGCUUUGCGGAGAGGAGAGAAGAUUCCUGAGGACUGGGCACUCGACAAGGAGGGUAGGCGGACCAGCGAUCCAGCCUUGGCGCUUGAAGGUGUCAUGCUUCCAAUGGGCGGACCCAAAGGCUCCGCUAUUGCGAUUAUGAUGGAUGUGUUUUCUGGAGUGCUAUCCGGAAGCGCUUUCGCGGGGCAUGUUACCAACCCUUACGACCCGUCCAGACCAGCAGACGUCGGCCACUUUCUUGUGGCAAUCAAACCGGAUCUCUUCAUGAGCAUUGAAGAGUUCAGGGAAAGAAUGGACUACCUCUAUGGACGCGUUGUUGGCUCAGAGAAAAUGGCCGGUGUCGACCGCAUAUAUUUUCCUGGAGAGAUUGAGGACUUGAAUAAGGAAAAGCGCCUAAGAGACGGGAUACCGCUCGUGGAUGCCGAGAUUCAAGCGUUGAACAAGGAGGCUGAACGCGUUGGAGCCGCGCAUAUCAAAUCCUUGCCGCCGACUGGGCCUCACAAGUCAAGAUUAUAA